GCUAGCCCUAACCUCCUCCGCUCUUAUUGUACGUGUCGCUGUAAAAUAUACUUAUUUGUCGCUUCUGUGUAAUUGUACAUCUUUGUAACUCAGUGAACUACAACACUAUUCAGCUCUAGUGACACUGAAUCGUCAUCUGUUUGGUUGACCUGAUCACCACGUCUUCGUAAUGUAUGCCUGUGCUAAGUUUGUCUCCACGCCCUCUCUGGUCCGUGCUGGAUCUCGGGCACUGUACAGACCACUUUCAGCAGCAGUAGUGUCUGAUGCCAGGAAAACAGAGACUGCCUCACUGCUGGCACCACAGAGUCUCCUAGCCUCCCAACAGCAGGUGGCAGUGCGGGGAUUCCAGACUAGUGCUGUGAGCCGUGACAUUGAUACUGCUGCAAAGUUCAUUGGAGCAGGAGCUGCUACUGUGGGAGUGGCUGGAUCUGGAGCUGGUAUCGGGACAGUGUUUGGUAGCCUUAUUAUUGGAUAUGCAAGGAACCCCUCUCUGAAGCAGCAGCUGUUCUCUUACGCCAUCCUUGGCUUUGCCCUCUCUGAGGCUAUGGGUCUCUUCUGUCUGAUGGUUGCUUUCCUUAUUCUGUUUGCCAUGUAAACCAUUUGGUAUGGGCUCUGUAGAGAUACAUGAUGAGAUAUUGUUAGCAAGAAUUAUCGGAUCGAAAUAUCAAUGAAUGUUAGCUUAAUGUCUUGCUUAUUCACUGGUGUUUCGUAAAAGAUUGUGAACCCACAGAUGUAUAAAACUAUGGCAAACCAACCUCAUUUUAAUGGGUGUUCUGCCAUUAUAUUGUAUAUUUAAUCAAAUGUUUUUGUUAACAGACAUGCAACCAUUGACAGAAAUAAAACAUGUAAUUCAUAAUGUG